CUCUCUAGCACUUCUUAAGCUUUCUUUUUGAAUUUUAACCCUUUUUUGUAGCAUUUUCCUACACCCAAAGCUCCCACUCAUCUCUUAUGCUUCAGGUGGCGAUUAUCUGGGUUCACACGAACUCCUCUGAUGACAGAUGAAUGGAGAGUGGAAUGAAAAAGACUAAAGUACAAUACAAGAUUUUGUGUUGAAAAAAAAAUGACAAAGAUGACAAAGAUGGACCUGCAGGCAAUCCUUUGUCACCUGCUGUUUUUAUGUUUUGAGCCAUCUACAGCUGCAAGCCUCAUUACAGCAGAUAUAUUUGAAGCCAGAGGCCAACGUGUGUGCAAGGCAGGAAAAGGGAAACCGUGCUAUAAGCUGGCCUACUUCUCCGAGCUCCGCCGUAAGCUGAACUUCGUGGAGGCAGAACUUGCCUGCACACGAGAUGGGGGCCACCUUCUGAGCGUGGAGUCUGAGUCUGAGCAGAAGAUCAUAGAGCAGCUCAUCACAGAGCUCCGCCCAGCUGAUGGCGACUUCUGGAUAGGUCUCCGCCGUAACCAUGGAGGCGAGGACACCACCUUGAACUGCUCUUCCCAGUAUUACUGGCUGGAUGGUAGCAAGUCGAAAUUUAGGAAAUGGCACUUGGAUGAGCCGUCAUGUGGUUAUGAGGUGUGCGUUGUAAUGUAUCACCAACCGUCCGCUUCUCGUAAUCCAGAAGAGCUCUACAUGUUCCAGUGGAACGACGACAAUUGUGAAACCAAGAACAACUUCAUCUGCAAAUACACUGCAGAGGAGCCGCCGGACCCUUCUUCUUCUCCCAACUCCACUCAGACAGAUAUCGCCCCCUCGCCUGUGCUGCCGUGGAAUCCAAAUGAUCGCAAUCACAACAGAACAGCUCUGAAUUUGGUUUACAUUAUCAUUCCCACCAUUCCCCUCAUACUGCUGCUGCUGACGGUGAUGGGCGUCUGCUGUUUCAAGAUGAUUGUCCGACGAAAGAAGAAAGAGCAGAAAUCAGAAGUUUGCCAAACAGACCCAGGACUGUGUCCCAGCUCAAGCUCUGCUGAUGUCUACAACGUCAUUCGUUCCCAGAAAGAUGACGACCUUGUGUCAGCUCGCCCCCACACCAAAAACACCUCCUUUUUAUGCUCCUCCCCUGACACACCAACUGGUGACUAUGAUAAUCUAGGGGUUCGGGACACAGAGAGCGGCUUUGUGACACUUGCAAGCACAGAGAGCUGUUUCCUAAAUUUUGACCUCAACGAUCUCAGCCUUGGGCGACGUGGCACCCGUGACUUCUGCGGCACCAGCUUGGGGCGCUCAGGGAAGAAGGACCUGAAUGACAGUAGUCUGAGUCGCACCGGCCACAGAGAGUUUUAUGACAGGAGUCUGGGUCGUCGUACAACGAAGAGCGAGCAUUUCAGUAGCAGCCUAUACAGGGACCACAGACUGUAUGAUGACAGCAUGACAGCAGGGAGUGACCUCUAUGAUCCCAAACUGAGGCUUGGAGGUCACACGGGAAAGGCCGACCUGUAUCAGACAUACAUCACCAAUGGAAAGGAAGACAUUUACCAGACCAGCCUUGGAACCUACGCAAUCCGAAAAUCCUACAAUGCAAAUGUGGACUGCUACAGAAAUGGCCUGAAUCUUGACGGUGGAAGGAGAUACUUCAAUGAGCAUGAAUGGAUCAACAGGGAAAACUACUGAUCCCCUCAACAUCUCCUUUAUUACGUGUACAGCAGUGUAUGUGUGAACCAGAAUGAGAGAGUGGCUAAAGACUGUGCAUGGUUUGAAAUGUUUCUAAGCUACUAUUUAAAUCAGGUUAAAAAAAAUACAUAAUUUAUAGUUUAUUGCUGGCCCAACAAUUCAGCCUGUAGCCUGUUGGUAGACUAGGUCUGUGUAGGAAUGUGGGAAUUGAACACAAGUUUGUUGAUGAAUGCAAAUAAGAUAUAGUUAUUCAUGCAGACAGUCUGAUGUGCCCCAGUUUUGUGAUAUCUUUGCAAGUUCUCAGCCUCUUCCUCUACAAGGACGCUUACUGAAAGGAAGUGAAUCAUUCAAAUGAUUCACAUCAGUACACUGAAUCAGUCAGACCUACUGUAAUGAAUUUCUUCUGAAGACAAGGUCAGCAGGACUAAUUACAUCAAAGCAACAAUAACAAAAGAAGGGGUGGGGGGUUGAAUCUUUCAGUGGCAUCUUCACAAUUUUACGCAUCAAAUUCUGUUUACAGUCGACCCUGAAGGAGCUGCGUAAAUUGCCUUAAGUGAUGUCUGUUGAAUCUGUGCCAUUUGAAGCUUAAGACUACCAAAGAUGGAAUGAAGAAAAUCUGAAGGUGUGGAGUUAGAAGAAAUUAUAAUGCAUGGAGUAACAAAGAUAAUGUCUCAGGUUAAGUUGCAUCAACUUUCACCGUUUUUAAAUAUGUUCCAAUGUGGCAGUAUAACGAGCUCAAUGCAAAACCACUGGAGUACUCUUAACGCAAGGCUCCUCAACAUGACAGCGACUCCAGAUUCAGUCAUUUCCCUGGACCUCACUGAAGCAUCCCCAAAUAUUUCUGAAGCAUAUUCUUUUGGAUAAAUUUCCAGAAAUGCACGCAUAGGAAUUUUUUAAAGACCCAUAAUACAGUUUAAGUUACAGAAAUGACCCAGUAAAGAAGCACCUACUGCAAGUUAAACUCACCUUUUCUUCUACAUAUUGCAUCUUUGUAGAUCUGUAAAUGUAGGUCUGUUUACAGUUGCCCCUGACUGAGGACUUGGGAGCAUCUUUGUCUAUAAAAGCAUGUGUUUUUGUGCGUGUGUGUAACAGCCUGUUUUGCAUGGCCGUGUCAUGCUGCUCUUGCUUGUUAAGACAACUGAGGUCUCGGACCGUUGGGUUUGCUGUGCUUAUAAACUGUUUUAAUUACACCCACGUGCACCCGAUACAGAUUAAAACACAAUAAGCCAUUGCUGCUUGAGGGAGUACUGGGUGUUUGUAUUCAUCGUAUAUGUGGUCUUAUAUUGCCUUCAAUUGUGACAAGCCCUUACCUUGAUACACUAAUUCCACUAUUUAUUAAAGGCAUUCUGGAGACUGUGCCUGCUUCAGUGCCUGCAGCCUGACCACACAUUAUGGCAUGAUAUUACAGUGAAAUAUAAAAUGCAGCAUCAUUUUAACUAUUAAUUCAGAAUGUAAAAUGCCUUGAUAUCUCUCCUGUAUGUGAGAGUAGUUUGUAUGUUUGUUACACAAGGAAUAUUCCAAUAAAAGUAGAU